AGUGUUACAAUUUUCCUCUCCGGUGAAUUUAGAAUUCGUGGGUGAGGUUAUCGCCGAUUGAGAACACUGUUAGGGAGUUGGGAGAGACUCAAGUUGUAGUGAGAUACUGCGGAUAGCAUUUUGACAUCAUGAGUGAUCGUGAGGUUUCCCCGAGACCACGUGGAGGCUCCAUGGAACGUCGUGAUCGAGAAAGAGACACGAAUGGAGAUGAAAGACGCAGGCGCAUCAGCCGUUCACCAGUUCGUAGGCGAACGAGGUCACCAACGAGAUCCAGAUCGCGAGAGCGUAGAAGGCGCCGAACGCGCUCGAGAUCGAAGUCUCCAUCCCGAGGUAGAGAACGAGUAGUUGAGCGUCGGAACCGUUCACGCUCACCGAUGUCCUCACGAAAGCGACACAUGGGUGAUAGAGAUCUUCCUGACCCCAGCCGUGUUCUUGGCGUUUUUGGGUUAAGCUUGUACACCACGGAGCGAGAUCUUCACAAUGUCUUCCAUAAAUUUGGAGGGAUUGAAAGGGUCACGGUUGUACUUGAUGCACAGACUGGCCGAUCUCGUGGAUUUGCGUUUGUCUACUUCGAAUCCUACGAAGAUGCGAAAGCAGCGAAGGAAGAGUGUUCCGGCAUGGAGAUGGACGGACGAAAAAUCCGUGUCGAUUUUUCCAUCACGCAGAGGGCUCAUACUCCUACUCCUGGAAUUUACAUGGGUCGCCCGAACGCUAAGCGAACAACGCGAAACCGUUACGGCUACGAUAGAGAUCGUGUCGAGAGGAGGUCGAGAUCUCCAUACGGAAAGCGUAGAGACGGAGGGGGACACUACGAACGCCACGAUCGGCAUGAACGUUCUCGCUCUCGGUCAUACACUCCUCCGUCUCGUAAGUACCGCCGAGGGUACUACUGA